GAAAGCCUUGCCGUGGUGUAAUAUUACAGCCGUUACGGUACCUAGAUUUCUCUCACAAUUAUUACACAUGUUAAAAAAAUUGUUUCUUUUCUGAAGUUUCCAAAUUAUUCAAUCAAUCCUCCCACAAAUCUCAAACAAUCGGCUGUGUAAUUCAGAGAUUCAGUCUCUCUCUUUCAAUCUCAUACAAUCGGCGCAGUAAUUGAGAGAUUCAAGCUCUCUCUUUCAAUUUCGAUGGCACAAAUUAGGGAUGUGCUUCAUCCAUGGAAACUCUCUCUUUCAACUUCAUGGUUUUGGCUUUUCGAUGGCACAAUCGGCUGUGAGAUUAGAGAGAUUCAGUCUCUCUCUUUCAAUCUCAAACAAUCGGCACUGUAUUUGAGAGAUUCAGUCUCUCUCUCUCUCUUCAAUUUCGAUGGCCCAAAUUUGGGAGGUGCUUCAUCCAUGCUGCACCCUUAUAAGCUAUUCCUCUACAAGUGGGCUUUAGAAAUUGCAAGGAAAGGGAAAAGUUGCAGGUCAUUCUUCGUCCUUGGAGCAACAACAGGUUGUGACUCCUAUUGCAGCCCUCAAUCAACAGGAAAUGACCACAAAGAAUGGAAUCAUCCAACUCAACUCCAUCGAUGGAAAAACUAGGAAAAACUUCGAAUAUUGCGGUUAUCAGAAAAUUGAAGCAUUAUGUGAUCAUACUUUUAUCUUGGGAAAGAAAAAGAUGAAUGUCGUUUAAUUAUUAGUUCAUGGGCAAUUUGCCGGUGGAAAUCUUAGGAGUGCUUUCAUGGAGUUAGAUUGUAAAUGGACGACUUGGAUUUAUAUUCAUAGCUGAUGCAAUUGGAUCUAAACUAGGUUUAUCUUAGGUGUAUGUGGCCCUCAAUGAGGGUUUAUCUUCCGUCCAUGUCACGUGGUUAAAUAUGAUUUCUAGCAAUCAAUAUAUCUUGUAUUCACAAAAAAUUAUAUUUUCUUAUUAGACACUCUCUUUAGUUUUAAUUUUUCAGAUGGUGAUAGCUCAACUUACGAUUUAUUGUGCCUGCCUCUAGAGAAGUGUACAACUUUGUAUUGUGUUACUUUUUAUAAAAUGAACUCUAUGCAGAUGUUAAGAGUCAUGUACCUGAUUUGCUUAUUAUACUGCCUCAGAUCUGUUUCUUUGGAUAGUUACACUUGCAGUUUUUUAUCUUUCAGUUGCUUUUGUCCACAAGAA